AUGUUCCAUUCGUUCUCCUCCUCUAAUGGCGACGGCAGCCUCCACCACCCGGUCUCCACCUCCUCCGUUCCUCAUGGCCUCCUCCCUCUCCCCUCCUCUUCUCUUCCCGAUUCGUCCUCCUUCCCCACCGGAUGCUAUCUCCACAGGAGCAGCAGCACCCACUCGCUGGCUUUCCACCACCACCUUUUGAAGUCCAUAGACGCGCCGCAGCCGGCCUACUCGUCGUCCCCGUCCUUCUCCUCCUGCCCUGUGAGGCGGGUCGUCAGCACCGGCGACCUCCAGCGGAUGCAUGGCGUGCGAGAGACUCCCAGGGUCCGGCGAUACAGCGCGGAGGAGAGGAAGGAAAGGAUCGAGAGAUACCGGAGCAAGCGCAACCAGAGGAAUUUCCGCAAGAAGAUCACUUACGCGUGCAGGAAGACGUUGGCCGACAGCCGGCCGCGAGUGAGGGGGCGGUUCGUGAGGAACGGCGAGACGGAGACGGAGGUUGAGACCGAAACAGAGGCCGCGGCGGGGAACAGUCUCGAAUGCUUUAGCUACGGCAACGACGGGCAGAACCAGAGCCGCCGCAUGGGCGGCGGUAAUGGCGGCGAGUGGAGCAGUCAGUUGCAGACGGCGCUGGAGACGGACGAGGAACACGAGGACUACUACGACGAGGAACUCCUCGCCAUCUUCGCCGACGUCUUCUCCAUGGAUAUCCUCUCCUGAAUGCCAAAGAGAAUGACGCCUCGUGGCUGCAGCUCGAGGAGACCCUGUUCUUCUCGGUGACUCUUCCAUUGAGUCGAUGCCACUGGAUUUGUCUCCUUCCAUGUCGGGUUUUCCUUGCUUUUAAGAAAGCAAGGUUUACCAAUAAUUAAGAGUCAACGUUAAUCUAAGGAGUCAAUGGGAGCGAUCCCUUCACAACCAGUAGAAGACAUCUGAGUUGACCAUGAAUA